ACAUUUUCUUUUCCUUACCUAGCCCAUCCCGCUCCCUGUUUUAGCUCUCGCGCUGUCUCGUUCGAUCUCGCUGAAUGUUUUUCCAUGGAUUUCAGCAGAUGGUCUGAAAUCCAUCCGAAGCAGCAUCUUCCUACCAUCCCCCAGCAUCACACUGAAUCGUACGCCCAUCUCUACGAUGCGCCGCAGCAAUCCUACGCUCCCCACAACCCCCACCACCCUCCAAACCCUAACCCUGGCCUUCUCAACGCUCCAGACAUUCAACACCUCAUUUCCAAAUACGAGAACCCUACGCCACCCACACAAUUCAAACCGAAUGCGCCUGACGUCGGCCUGCGACCGCCCGGCAUUGAUCCCUACACGCUGAAUUCCUAUGCCCCCCACGCCGGUUUCGAAGGGCAGGGGUUGGUGGUGCCGCCUCCUUACGCGCACCACCCUCAGCCACUGAUGCCGGUGGGGCCCGCGGCAGCCUCAUAUUACCAGGACCCGAGUGUGCAGCAGAACUGGGCAGCCAAGGAGGCGAUUAGGCAGUUCGGGGCCAAUCCUCUUGGUUAUGCUGCUGCUAUAAGACCUCCAAAUGGGAUGGAGCAGAUGGUGGCCACAAAUCCAAACCCCAUGUUCUGGAAUCGCCAAUCUGUUCACCCUUCCACCAAUGGUGCCUGGAAGAGGGGCCCGAAGAAAACCAAAGUUGUGCAAUCAGCAUGGUGUGAGGUCUGCAAGAUUGAUUGUAACAGCCAAGAUGUCCUAAACAAGCACAAAUCAGGAAAGAAGCACAAGAAGAAUAUGGAGAAACUGCAGGAGUCGAAGAAUGCUGCUGCCACUGCUGCUCCUGCUCCCACCCCUGCUCCCGCUCCUGCUCCCGCUCCCAUCACUACUACUGCAAAGCCUAAAAAAUCGGUAGCGGGCAAGAAGAGGGUAUUCUCCUCUGGAGAGAAACAGAAAAGUGCUGCUGGGCAGGUGAGGAAGGGGGCUCCACCAUCAGAGCCUGGAGAGGAUUUGGAGACGAAAAAACGCAAGCUAAUGGAAGGCGGAGCACCGGUGGAUUCAGUUAGGGUGUGUGAAGUAUGCAAUGUGGCCUGCAAUAGCCAGACGGUGUUCAAUUACCAUCUUGCAGGGCAAAAGCAUGCUGCCCAAGUGAAGAAACAGGCAGAGACCGCUGCAGCUGCUGCACGAGGGAUUGUGGCUGCUGGUCCUUCAGCAGUCACCAGUGCCUGAGAAGAAAAGAUGGGGUCUUGAUGAUUGUUAUUAUUUCUCUCUCUCUCUCUCUCUCUCUCUCUCGUGUAGGUGUGGUUAGUUGCCAUGGAUCAUCUAACCCUUUUCUCACUUUUGAGGAGAUUGUUGUAAUCAAAGUUCAAUCAGGUUUGCUGAGACCAUAUUCAUCUUUAAAUCCCUGAAUCAGCACAUGAUUUUCA